AUGGCUCUUUCCAAGCACAUUCCCAAGACCCAGAAGUCGAUGCUGGUGGUCAAUCUGAUGAUGGCCAUUUGUUUCCCUACCUCUUUUGGUUACGAUUCCAUGAUGAUGUCUUCGUUGAACGCACUUCCAAUGUACAAAGAUUAUUUUGGGAUCACUGAUGCUACUUCGAACCUAAACACCGCAUCCAUGUGGAUUGGUCAAAUAGUGUCUGUCUUCAUUGUGCAGUACUUUGCAGACCGGUUUGGAAGACGUCCGUGUGCGAUUGGAAGCAUGCUUAUUGUGACAGUGGGGAUUAUUUUGCAAUCUGCGGCUCAGGAUGUUGCAAUGUUUGUGAUCGGCAGAAUUGUGCUUGGUUUCGGAUUUGGAAUUGGUGCAGUUUCUGUCAGUGUUCUUAUUGCCGAGCUGACUCCCCGCAAAUGGAGAACCACUGUUACUGGCCUGUUCUUCACCAACUUCCUGAUUGGCUCGAUCAUCGCUAGUGCAGUGACGUACGGAUCGAUGGACAUACAAUCAACCUGGUGUUGGAGACUUCCGUCUAUCGUGCAAGCCGCUCCACUGGUGUGUUCUUUCAUUUUCGUCUGGUUCUCUCCCGAAUCUCCUCGGUUCCUGGUUCUCAAGGGAAGAGAGAACGAAGCGCGGGAAAUCUUGUCUAUUGUCGAAGACACGUUUCCUACAAGCGAUAUUGUUGAAGAUAUUGUGAGCAGCUGUGCUGAGGAAGCUGCUAUCAACAGAUCGCAUUUCUUCGUCUGGAAGGAUAUUUUCGCAACCAGAGUGGGUAAGAGAAGAAUGCUGACGCUGCUCAUUCAGUCUGCAGUUGUUGAGUUUGGAGGCUCUUCCGUGUGCUCGUACUAUCAAUCACUGUUGUUAGAACAAGCUGGAAUCACAGAAACAAAACAGAAACUACAGGUUGGUAUAGUGUCUACCGUUUGGUGUUUGGUCUGGUCCAUUCUGGGAUCCCUUUCGUUCGACCGUCUUGGACGUAAACCAAUGGCAAUUGGGUCGUUGAUUGGAAUGAUCAUUUCAUUCUUCAUCAUGGGUGGACUCAUGAAAGGAUAUAUGAGCGGAGCAAACAUCUCACCUUACGGUACAGUGGCCAUGAUGUUCAUCUUUGAAAUGUUCUACUCCUUCACUUACACUCCAAUCGACUACUUGUAUUCACCGGAAAUUUGGCCUACCAGACACCGUGCCGCUGGAGUCGCCUGGUAUUCACUUUGCAACGGCUGUUUGGGACUGUUGGCUACCUUUACUCUGUCAAUUGCCAUGAGCAACAUGUCUUACAGAUUCUACUUUGUCAACGCAGCUAUAGACAUAGUCUUCGUUCCUCUUGUGUACUUCAUCUGGGUGGAGACGAAAGGAACUAGACUUGAGGACGUGGAUGCACUAUUUAUGGCAGCUCCAUACGGCGGGUUUGGCAACAGCUUCUUUCAACGCGACGAUGUCGAGAAGAUCGAGGUUUACGAGGAGGUCAAGUCGUAG